CGUUCUGUUCCUGUGUCUUCAGGCUGUGGAGUUGUACAAGUUCAUGUCAAAGAGGAUCUAAUAAGUCAUGGGUCUGAAGGAAAUUUGGAGAGGUCUAAGCCAGAAACACCCAUUGCCACUGUAGAGGACUCUUUUUUGCAGAGACUUCCAGAAGCUAAUGUUAAUUGCUCAAUUGAAGUGGGUUCAGAUACUUUCAAAGUUGCUCCACGUAAAGUCGCUGCAACAAGGACUAGCAGUAGGUUGAAAAUUGUAGAAGGCAAAGGGAAUAGAGCGUCCAAAUGUUCCAAUGAGAAUGUCAGUAGUAUAUCUAGUCCAUUAAUGGAGGAUUUCGAAACACCAGAAAAGGUCAUGAUUAAAAGCUGUGAAUCAAAUCUUUCUAGCUGUAAUAUUGACAGGGUAAAGGAAAUAAUGAGUUCAUCUAAAGAGGGAAUCAAAAUACUGGCAAACGAUUCGAAGGAUGAACAACCUACCGACUAUAAGAUUCACCUGGGGACACCGGGAAGUAAAACGAUGAAGAAAGAAGUAUCUCCACUGCCUGCUUCCAUGAGUAAAAAGAAGAACCAGUUUUCAAGUGGCCAAGAAGGUCCUUAUCUUAGUCCCAAACGGUCUAGAUCUGAUAAUUCGGUCAUUCCAUUUUUCAACUAGCAUUUGAAAAAUCGAAAUGUUGGAAUACUACUUAUACCUCCAUUAGAGUUUUGGCGAAACCAACAAGUCCUGUAUGAUAAGGAUGGUCGAAUAGCUAUAGUUGAAGGAGUCAUGCCUGGUUUAGAAGCUUCCAGAGGUAGUAAAUCUGAGCCACCGAAAGCAAAAGGAAAAUUACCGUGAUGCUUGGAGUCAUUUUCUUGUUCAUCAUCAUAGAAAUAGGUCCACCGUAAAAUGGUGAGUGGCAGUAAAAUUUUGUCGCUUCUUUGUAAAUUCUAGUUUUUGUUCAACAUAUCAGCAUUAAAAGGAAAAUAAAUGCUUUUCUUUUUACAGCCAAUUUCUUCUUUAGUCGGAAUUUUUUACAAGUAGGGUAACAAGUGGCUUACCUUGACUUAUUUCUUUAUCAUACCAAUAGACAGCUGUUCUAUAAUUAUAGGUGGAAAAAAAAAUGCCAAUAAUGAUAUUUUGUUCUUUAGUAAAGAAUAUAAUAAAAUGCUAAAUUAUUUCAUUCUCUCUAUAAACUCAGAGAACAUGGGCAAUGUUUCCAUCACUACUAAGUACUAAUGUUAUAGCUGUUCAUUUUCAAACUUAAAAAUCGUUUGACUAGAUUCCAAUCAUCCAACUCACUAGGUGAGUUAUUAAAAGAAGAAGAACCAUCAUUAUUUUGUUUCCACAUUCCAACCACACACAAAACCAAAAAAGGGGGCAAUUUUUGUGGAACAGGUUUUCUUCAUCACCUUAACACUCCAUCAUUGAUUCAAGUAAGUGAUCCAUCACAAUCUUUUCAGUUCUAGUCCAAUUAUCAUAAGUAAUCAGUUAGUUCUAUUGAUAUUAAUUAGCUUUCUUUGUUGAGAAUUUUGUUCAAGAUACUACUCCUAAGUCUUUUAGUUAUGGGUACUGAUGCAAUUGAGAUAGGAGGAAUUCCUUUGAGAAAGUUUUUGAUCCUUCCAAUAAAAAUUUCUUAUAGAUCUACAUCCAAACAUCCAUUGAUUGUGGGUUUUGUUUUAUUCUCAUUAUUAUUGUAUAGAUUUCUUCCUUUUCUGUUUGUUCUCUUGGUUUCUUCUUCUCCUGUUCUUGUUUCUACUUUUGUUCUUCUUGGUACUUUACUGAGUUAUGGCCAGCAUUCUCAUAUACCACAAAUUGAUGAAGAAGAUGAUGAUGUUCAAGAAGUUGCAUCCACGAGAAACACAGAAAUUGAGCCUCUCAAUUGUUUGGAGGAGGAGAGUAAUCAAAAAUACCAUUCUCAUGAGCUGCUGCCACCAAAAUUAAGAGAUUCAUUUGGUUCUAUUGAAGAUACUUCUUUAAUGUGGAAGAAGAUUAAAGACCAGGAUGAUGCUGACGAGGAGGAUGAGUCUUUCAAUUCAGAUUCUGACGGUGCUGAGAGUUCGUUUCUGGAUGCCUCAAUUACAGACGCUACGCCUAUGAUUAAUGAACUCCAUCCUUUACUUGACACUGAAACUCCUCACUGUGAUGUUCAUGAAUCAUCUUCAGAUGAUGAGUUUAAUGCUGCUUCUGAUAGAUCCCACAGCUCGAAUGAUAUUCAUGUUGAAUCAAGUGAGGAGGUUGAGAGCCGUGAAGAAGAUGACGAUGAAGAAGAAGGGCAAUGUGAGACCGCUGAGGGUGGAACCAAAGCUGUUUUAAAAUGGACUGAAGAUGACGAAAAGAAUCUCAUGGAUCUUGGGAACUCUGAGGUGGAAAGAAAUCAGCGGUUGGAGAGUCUUAUCGCAAGACGAAGAGCUAGGAAGAGCUUCAGAAUGAGUGAAUCGGAGAUGAAUAUGAUGGAUUUGGACUUUAAUGGGCCCCCAUUUCAGAUUGCACCAAUUUCAACUGGGAGGCGUAACCCAUUUGAUCUUCAUUAUGAUUCUUAUAUGGGACCUGGCUUACCUCCAAUGCCUGGUUCAGCUCCUUCUGUUAUGCUACCACGAAGAAAUCCAUUUGAUCUUCCUUAUGAUGACCCACUUGAAGAAAGACCUGAUUUAGCUGGAGACAGCUUUGGCGAAGAGUUCAUGACAGCUCAUGAGAAGGAUAUGCACUACAGGAGGUGUGAGAGCUUCAACAUGGGAGCUUAUUUCUUUAAAGAUCACAGGCAAGAAAAGAACAAUGUCAGUAGGUUCAAACCUCAUUUUGUAACUGAAGAAAUGGCAUCAGAAGGGCGAUUUUCUAGAUUUAGCAGACAGAUGAGUGAAGCAAGUGAGUCUAAGAUGAGUUUUGCAUCUGAGACCGAAUCACAUUCUACAAUUGCAAACCAGGAAGACCUUACUGAUCUUGUUGAAGAACAAUUAUCAUUUCAAGAAUGCGAUCUCAAUCCUGCUGUUGAACACACACCUGAGCGAGUGAAGCUAGAAAGUGAGCUCUUGGAAGAACUUCACUUGGAUUCAGAUGUUGUUAACGAAGCUAAGGAUGAAAUCGAUUUAUUUAAGGUUGGGGAUGCAAAUGCUGGCACCAAAACUUUCCAUGGAACACAAUCAAGAUUCUAUUCUGAAUUCAUCGCUUUAGAAGAACACCUCACAGGCUAUGUUCAUGUGAACCAAGAAUUGGGAGAAGAGCAGCAGCACACAAGUUCCAGCUCCCACUCAUCAUCUGGUGUUCAUGAAAAGAUCGAAGAGAAAAGUGAGGGUGAAGAAAGUUCCCAUGGAAAGCAGUCAAGCAGUGUUCAAGUCCAUCAAGAUAUGGUUCAACAACAACAGCACACCAGGUCAAACCCCCACUCAUCUUCAGACGUGCAUGAAAAGAUCUUCGACGUUAACGUAGAAGAAGAGUUAUCAGGUCUGGAUCCAGAAAGAGGUGAUGUCCAUGAGCAUUCCGCCAACUUCAUGCAACAGACAGUUGUUGAUUCUGAUUUUCUUGAAAGGGUUGGAGGAGAAGAUGAUAGUCAUACAGAGGCACCUGUUUAUGACUCAAGCCCAUCAGCGUCUAAUCAGGGCAUCUCUGACAUGAUGAGAAUGGAAGAAACAAUGAGUUAUAAAAAUAGCGUACUUUUCACUUCCACUUCAUCCGUGAAUGCAUGACGAGGUGCCACCAGAACCCGUAGUCGUGGAAGGAAUAACUUCACUCACGGAGAAGCUUCAGAGCAGAUUGGGAACCCCAGAAAAUUGAUGAUGCCUGUGUAUAUGCAAAAUUGCCACAACUUCAAGGCUGAUGAACCGAAGAAGAUAAUUCAAGCUGUAUCAAUGCUGGUGGAAAGGUCUGUAUAUGGCGGCUUUCACUGGUAGUGGCAUGGGUAUUAUCACUUUCCAUAUACGAAUAUACAUACCUUGUUUUCAUAGUCCAUUUCAUCUCUUUUUCCUAUAUAGCCGUAGCAGAGUCCGAAGCGACAUAACAGCCAACAUUUGCAUAUUGACUGAUAUAAUCAAUUGUGUUCUGUUAGCCAUUAUGAUUUUGAACCCAACAUUACGUUACUUGUAUUGAUAUCUCUAUACUUCAUUUGCGAAGAAUAAUUUGUGGAUAUUUGAAGAAACUGCAAACAUAAUAUUACUAUAUCACUUCAAAUAUAUUCAGAAAAAUUACAGGAAA